AUGGCCAAGCAUCAGUUCGUGUUGCUGUCCUUGUGUGCGAGUGCCGUGCUCCUCCUCUCCGGGCUCCGGCCCGCCGCCGCCGCCGCCGCCGCCGCCGCAACCCCUACCUCCGCCUCCGCCACCCCCGCCCCCGCCAGGACCAAGUACAUCCCCAAGUGGAAAAAGCAGGCGUGCGAGGCUCCGGCGAGUCUGAACUCGGCGAGUCACUACGAGUGCGAUGACAACGGGAACGUGCAGUGCCUGCCCGGCUGGACGGGGGACGUCUGCGACGUGCCAAUCUGUCGCAAAGGCUGCGACCCGCUCCAGGGAUAUUGCAAACGCCCCGGCGAAUGUCGCUGCAAACUUGGCUUUUAUGGAGAGCUAUGCAACAAGUGCAUAGCAUUGCCUGGAUGUCAACAUGGCUAUUGUAACAACAGCUUUGAAUGCAUCUGCCAUGAGGGUUGGGAUGGACUCUUCUGUUCAGAACCAAUCUGUCGUCUGGACUGUCAUGCAACGAGAGGUUAUUGCGAAUGGCCAGGGGAAUGCAGAUGUCGUCUUGGCUGGUCAGGCGAAACAUGCAAGGAAUGCCAAGUCCUUCCAGGUUGCGCCCACGGAGCCUGCUCAAAGCCUUUAGAGUGCAAAUGUGAGAAAGGCUGGACAGGAAUUCUCUGCCAAACACCAAUUUGUGCAGAGGGUUGUCACAAAGAAAGAGGCUAUUGUCGGAAGCCAGGUGAAUGCAGAUGCAAAGUGGGAUGGUGGGGCGAAAAUUGUGAUGAAUGCUACCGAUAUCCUGGAUGCGUUCAUGGCUCGUGCCAACGUCCAUGGGAAUGUACCUGUGAACCAGGCUGGGGAGGCAUGCUUUGCGAUCAAGAACUGAACUUCUGCGAUGAAAACCCUGACUUGUGUGAAAAUAAUGGUACCUGCGUGAGCCUGCCUGAGGAGGAUGGCAGCUAUCGCUGUUUGUGCACAGACAACUUUACAGGCAGAAAUUGUGACGUCAAUAAAACGGUAAAUGAACAGCAAGUAAUUGGGAUGCGCCCGCCCCCACCACCACCACCCACACCAAGUAAAGAACCUACAUACUCUACAACUCCCACCGAGAAGGAAACGACCAGCGAACAACCAUCUUCCAGCUUAACCACUUCCACCUCUCCAUCAUCGGUGUCGGAAAACAACGAAGAGGCCAUCUUAGAAGAAACAACCUCCACUAAACCAUCGACAACAACAACUUCUGUGAAACCCUCACUCCGUCGAGCUUCGACAAGUCGCACAACAGAAAUCCACCGCACAUCGUCCACGAAGAAUAAGUUCCGAAAGACUCCAGAGGAUAAAAAUUCAGAAUCUACAAAACGCCCAGAUCCUCACAGGAAAUCUUCUAGGACGUUUGGAGGGAUGAAUGAGAUUUUGGGUGUGGUUCCCAGUGAAAUAUUCGAUAGAGGCUCAAUCAGCAUAGGAGUCUCAAAAGAUGGAACGAUAGAUUCACUGCGUUUGCGUGGCUUAAAGGUUCAGAACGAUGAUAAGCAAUCUUUGAUAGAAACAGCAGCUGAUUCUCAAAAUCAAAAGGAAAGAGAAAACUUAGCCGGUCAUUUUUUUGAGUUGGUGGGCUCAUCAGGGCAGGAUGCCACUGGCAUCGCUGAUGAGCCCACGGCUCUAAAAUCGUUGAAGUCCCGUAGACGGAGAGGCGUGCUCACCCAAACUGUAGAAAAAUUCUUCCCAACUCUCUCAGCCUCUCACGCAAAUACUGAGUCACAGCUGGAUCAAAACAGAAUUUAUUCGCUCAGCGAUACAGUCGCUGAUAAUCAGCCCAAGAGGAGUAGAGCCAUUGACAGCCACUCCUUCAAGACCCUCGUUAAAAACAGGGAAGAUCCAUUACAGCGAACAACGGAGGAGAGUUUAAUAGAGUUAGAAUCAGACGGAGUCCUUGAGAUUCGUCCGGCCAAGGCCUCCACCCACCAUGGGUUGAAACGCCAGAGUAACUCGCCCAUUAGUGUGCAACAAAGAAACGAAGCUCUUUCGCAAAACCGUAAUGAAGCUGGCCUCCAGGUGACACUCUUUAACCAAUCGCGGGUCUCUGGUAUCACUUAUCAUGACCGCAGAAAGAGCUAUCACAUCCAAAACUGGAUAGAGAACUUUGGUGGUUCCAAGGGUUCUGAUGAUGUAAAGAGCAGACCUAUUGUGAACAUAUUCGUAUACACAAAUGGAAAUAUGUGCUCUUGUAGAAAUAUUUCUAUGGAAUUCAACCAGAGGCAUCCUGAUUGUAUCUGCGAUGAAAGUCUGAAUUCAAAGCAGGACAAAAACACCGAAAACUGGACAUAUGCUCAAACUGAGAGGGAAGAUCAUGCGACUAUCACUCCUCAAAUUCAGAAAGUAGAUCACACUAUGGGCACUCCUCCAACUGAUAAAGCACAACCUCCAACGCCUGUUUCCCAAACUUGGAGCUUGUCACCUUCGUUCCCAACUGAGAAUGUUCCGCCAAAUUCUGAGCGUCAAAGCUCUUAUCAAGACACAUUGAAUUUUCUAACUAUUGUUGCUAAUUCCCUAUGGCCACCUUUCCAAACCAAACAUGAAGAUGCUACGUCUCCUCAAAUGGUAAGUGAUAGCCGUUCGAUACCUGCCACCAAAACCUCUACUUCGAGAGUUUUGGAUUUAAUGCCUGCCUCUCCUACAAUGCGCUCAUCUAGUGUUUCUGAGUCAUUGGUUCUUCCAUCCCAUUGGCCCAUUUCAAUCUCACCCAGCAGACAAGAGCCUCACCAUUCCAAGAUGAAUUCCAGCAUGGAUGGAAACAACCUUGAGGCGAGGAACUCAUCUUCUAACACAGAAUGGUGGUCUGCUAGGAACCGUAUCACAGACCUUCUAAGUAUGUUCUUUAAUAGUGGAGAGGAUCCGACGCGCUCUCGUUUUCUGCAACAACGGAAUUUACCAAAAGAACAGCCAACCUCACCACACUUACAACUGACAGAAGAGCAAGCUCAUAUGAUAGGCAAAACCAAUGAUAAGGUUCGCCCAUCUAAUGUGAAGGACAGGCCCAUACAGAGGAUAAACCCAAACAAAUCUGAUGCUAUUGCGAGGCGCUCUGGUAUUAUGACUUUACAGCAAAAUGAGAGCGAAGAGGAUUCUUCUGAAUCGUUGAUUGAAAUCUCAGAGGACAUGAGCAGCAUGAACACUGGAAACGGCCAUUACCUCACUUAGUAUUUUUGAAG